AUGACGCGCAUAAACAGAACGUCUUUGGGUGCCUGUUUUGAUGCAUUUAAACAGGCAAGGAGCGUGCGAAUCCGCUUGGAGGAGGAACAAACUCUGUUGAACCAAUUGACAGCACGUUUAGAGAAGGUGCAGAAGGACGUAAAUACGACUAUUCCAGAUCUUGACAAGCUUAUACAAGAAGGAAAGCAAAUGCAGGCCUCAGCGCCCUUUGCUGUGGAAGGGCUGUCAGAAGUGUUUAAAUGUGCCGAGGCGCUCGUCAAGCGAGCCGAGCAGGAGACUGAAAACGAGGAGCACAAGGGGAGAAGUGAAACCACGGAGGGCAUGAGCAAUAGAACCUUCAGUAACAACAAACCUAUACAAAGUGAUGUUACAGAAGGCGACAAGAUGCUGAGGGAAUCUCUCGACCGGGUUAAUGAACUGCAACGAAUUAGAACAUGCCGCAGCAUGCAACAGGAUGUGCUACGGGAGACUGUGGAGAGUUGUGCUCGGAUAGAGGGGCAUUUAAUAUCCGCAAUUACAACGUUCGGCCAGCGGACAAGCGAGGAGGGCAACAUGGGGAAAACGGGCAAGAGAGUCGCGGCCAGGCGCCGCACAUUUUCGCAGCCGUCUUCGGAGUACACAGAGAGCGACAGCGAAGAAGAAGUGUCGUUAGGCAACAAACGUAACUUCUUUCCCUCGGAUAUAAUUACUGUGCCCUGUUCCAUCAGUCCAGAUAGAGUUGGGCGGGAAGUAGUUGAAAGCUCACCUGACGAAUUUGAAUAUGGAGAAAGUGGAUAUUUGAAUAAGUUUUUAAGAGAGCUUGUGAAGGCGUCUUCUCAGUGCGACGUGGAGGCACUGCAGUUUCUCUUGAGUCGGUUGCGAGACGCGGGUGUACCUACAGGCCGUAGGGAGGUUCUUGUGGCGCAGCAGCAGCUGCGGAGGCUCUCAGAUGCUUCUUAUUUGGAGGGGGAGUUAAAAGAAGGGAUCAUUUUGCUUUCGUGGGGGUCCGUCUCGGCUGCAGACAUAUCGCGCCUUUCGAACCUCAUUAAACAAGCUACAGCUGUAACAGCAGCAGCAGUGGAGGCAGCAAGAGGGACCGGAGCAUCAGCGAGAGCUGGUGUUGGGGUUAGACAGGACAUCCUCCUAGCAGCAAAAGCAGCUCUAGAAGCUGCAGAGGACUUCUCCGGCGGACCGAAAACCGCCACAAGUAUACACAGUGUUUUUGCGAUUGAAAAUUACCCAGGCUUGGCAAUUAAUGAACAAAUACAACGCGCAAAGGGGACAAAAGCGGAGCUGCAGCUGCUGCUGCAGCGGGAGCUGCUGCUGCGCUUCCAGAAAGAAGAGAUACGAGGACCGCUGUUGCUGCUGCCUGCUGCGCUGGGGCCUGAGGCUGUGAAGAUGUUUAGACACGUGCAGCGGGCGAUGGGCGAUGUAUUUAGCAUUAGGGAUGAUUGCAGAAAAGAUAUCAUAAGUGCUGCAACAGCCUGUGAACUGUUGCGCGACGAGGUGUACGUGCAGGUCCUUAAGCAGUUGCGGCAAAACAAUAAUUUCAACAGCGUCAUUAAAGGCUUUUUUCUGCUCUCUGCCCUCUGCGAAAAUUGCCCCCCUUCUUCCACGCUCCUCCCUUACGUCAGGCAGGUGCUUGAGCUGCAUGCAAUGGAGCAGCCCCAGCAGCAGCCGAUGCUGUUGCUGCUUCAUCCACCAGCAGCAGCAACAGCAGCAACCGCUAAGCCACUUACGCCCCACGAACUUGAACUACAGCAAAUAUGCAGCAAGGCACUGCAGGCACUCGAGCGGCACACAAAAGAAAACAACGAAAUUGAGGGAGGAGACAACGAGUGUGAUAAUCUUGUCGAUCCUGCACAGAAAAAAUCCACCUUCGAAUUUCAGGCGAGAAAACUUCGGGCAGACGUCCAGAGCAGUUCCUGCAAAGGCUGCCUUAUGCAACAGCACAUAACAGCACAAAAGCUUGCUUGCCCUGGUGUAGUGCUGCAGUAA